AUGCCCAGUCCGUGGACGCUUCACUUUGACGGCGGCGCGCGGGACAACAAGCGUGGAUCGGGCGGACCCGCCGGUGCCGGUGCCCUCCUCAAAGACCAACAUGGAGCAGUGGUCAUCAAGGUGGCCAAAUUUCACCCUGGCUGGACCAACAACGAGGCCGAGUACAUGGGCUUGAUCAUGGGCCUUCGGGCCGCAACCUUGUUCAAGCCACCCGCAGGCCUGCAGGUGGUCGGUGACUCGCAACUCAUUGUGCGUCAGAUGCAAGGCCAAUAUGCUGUCAAGUCGGCAACCCUCAAGCCCUUUUUUGACCACGCAAGAAGCAUUGCUUUGCCCUGUGAGAUGAACAUGACACACACCCUUCGCCACAACAACGCCGAGGCUGAUGCCCUGGCCAACUUGGCCAUGGACAAGCAGUGUAGUUUUAUUGAGGUGGAGCAACCAGGGACUGAGCUCACGAGUAACCAACGAGCCUGGAUUCUGGGUGGCUUGGGUGUACCAUCUUCUUGCAGCCCGCUAGGGACUGUUAGUGCAGAUGCGUCAGAGCCCCCGGCCAAAUGUGCCAAGCUGGAUGAGCCCAGCUCCCUGCAUCAGGUCAUUGCCAGUUUUGCGCAAAAUUUGGGCACCAUGGAAGGUCACAUGGCCAUGUUAGAGCAGCAAGUGGCCCGGGUCGACUACGCUCGCGAUGGAGAUGCCCUCUCAGUCCUCACGGCGCAACUUGCAACACGGGUUGAAGCCUUAAACCGACGCUUUGCUCUUCUGCAGCAGCAGCAGCAACUGCAACGCCAACAGCAGCAGCAACAUCAACAAAAGUAG